AUGAAUUCCGUCAGGGAAAUAUUGAGAUCAUAUGACUUGGAAGACGUUUACAACUUCGACGAAACAGGUUAUUACUACCGCAUGCAACCAGAUAGACGUCUCAGCACUGAAGUAUUGGAGGGGGUCAAAAAAGAUAAAUCAAGAAUUACUGUAUGGUUCACCUGCAAUGGUACCGGAUCCCAUAAGAUGAAAAUGUGGGUGAUUGGUACAGCGGAGAACCCAUAUUGCUUCAGAGGACUUGCACGUACUGCUGAAUGGCUUGGUGUCUUCUAUCGUUACAACAAGACUGCUUGGAUGAAGCAUGAAAUUAUGAUGGAGUAUCUAUUAUGGUUUGAGAGUUGCAUGAACGGUAGAAGAGUGGUUUUACUUAUGGAUAACUUUUCGGCACAUGAACUCGCUGUUAAACAAUUAGGGGAACAUGCACUUCGCAAUACAACAAUUGUAUGGCUUCCAGCAAAUACUACUUCGGUCUGGCAACCCUUGUACCAAGGUGACAUCAACUCAUGGAAAGCACAUACCAGGCGUUACUAUGUACGCUAUCUUGUCAAAGAGAUUCACAAACUACCAGGAGGCCCAGCAUCAUCUGAUGAGCUGCCAAAAGUCAAUAUCCUACAGGCUAUUCGGUGGGCUAUUGAGGCAUGGAAUUUUGACGUCAAAGCAUCGACCAUCUUUAACUGCUUCACAAAAAGUACUGUCAAGUUCUUUGAACCUUCCUUUCUUUCUCCCGAGAAUUUGGAAUCAAUCAAAAUUGCCAAUCCUGGCCGAAUCCUUACAGAGUUCAUACAAUUUGAAGAAGAGGAAAUUGAGAACGAACAGCCACCUGUUCCUUCAUUCCGUACUCAAAGUUUGGAUAUAGAUGAAGAUCCAUCAGCAAAUGAAGAAAUGCAACACUUGCGGAACGAGGUACAGACAAAUCUUGAAAUCCUACAACAAGCAAAUCUCAUCGAGGAAGGUGAAAUCAAUCUAAAUCAUUUUCUAAAUCCAUCCGAAGAGAUUUUUGAUGAUAGCAUAGAGGACUUAGAGGUAAGACAGAAUUAUUCAAAUGAAAAAUGA